AUGGAUAAGUUUAAGCCGUUUGAAGAUAUUCCCAAAAAACUGGCCACUCAAGUCAAGAGAGCUUUUAUAGCUGCAAGGACUUUUGUACAAGGGUUAACUAUUGGACGUGAUUUUAUCAAUGCUAUUUCAAAGUUAAACCCAAGCAAAGAAUGCAUCCAAAGUGUAGCACGUAUGAUUUAUUGUCCUCCUUGUCAAGGAAAGAAAGCUAAAAAGCCUUGCAGUGAAUAUUGCCUUGGAACAAUUCGAGCCUGUCAACCUUAUGACAAAGAACUCAAUGAAGUUUGGAAUCAGUAUAUUAAUGCCCUGAAGAUGGUAGCAAGAAGGCUAGAUGGACCCUUCAAUAUUGAAUCUGUUGUUGAUCCUAUCAAUGUUAAGAUAUCUGAUGCCAUCAUGACAUACCAAAAUAAGGCUGAUUUCGUUUCAACAAAGGUAUUUCUAGAGUGUGGCCAUCCGUCUUUACGGCAAAAAAGGGAUGCUAGUGAACUGAAUUAUCAGAAAUAUGACUAUGAAUGGCCAACUGCCAAAAAGAACCAUGUCCGUCCGACAACUGCUGCCGGUACAAGCCUUGACCGUUUGGUGCGGGACAUCACUGAAAAAGUGAAGAUAGCCAAUGAUUACUGGAUUAACAUUCCUAGUUUUGUGUGUCGUGAUGAGAAAUUGUCGGUACAAGAAACUGAUGACGAGAAACUUGAUGACCACUUAUACAAUAAUACGGAUUUCACUGUGAAUCCAGUUGUCGACUGUUGGAGCCCCGCAAUGCUAGAAAGUCUUGAAAAUGGAAUGCAGAAAGAUGAUAUAGGCAAAUUAAGUGAACCUGAAACUGACAGAACUCACACAAUCGUCCUUCAACAGGUUUAUCAACUAAAAAGCAUGACCACAAAGCUUCACAAUGCUUAUAAAGGUCUCUAUGUCGAGUCGAUUCCAGAUUUUGAUGGCAGUGGAGAUAGCAGUGGUGCCAACGAAGAUGAUGAAGACUACAACAGUGGUUCUGGCAGUGGAGAUACAAGCAAAGAAUACGCUGCCAGGCCUGGAGAAUCUGGUUCCAAUGACCCCAAGAGCACAGGAAAUUAUUACUUUGUAACAGAAUCCACACCUGUGCCUACACAACACCCUUCACUUGGCAGCAGUGCCGAAAAUUCAGCCUCUGGCUUACUACGGCCAUUUGCUAUUGUUUCCUUGUUCUCCCACCCCCUCUUCUCUCCAUACACUGUUUUACUUUUCUUUUUUUCUUUCUUAUAA